UUAGUGGUAUGAGGGAAGGAAGAGAAGGACACCAGCUCUGCUGUCAGUCACUGUUCACCUCUCUAACACCAGUAGGUCCAUAUACCACUCAACUGGGCCAAGGAGCUGUCCUGUCACUGGGCGGAGCUAGACCCAGAAAGAAGGAGGGGGGUUUGCUGAGGUGUGUGGGGGUGUGAGAAAGGAAGGUGGAGAAGGAGGGGGGCACUCUACUUUCUUGGACAAGUCUUUCUGUCCCACUGUCAAGUAGUUGAGAAUUUGUUGGCCUAAAGAACUAGCAGACAUGGACAUGGCAGACUACAGCGAAGCUCUGGACCCAGCCUAUACCACGCUAGAGUUCGAAAACAUGCAAGUGCUCCCCUUGGGUGCAGACUCCUCACCAGCUGAAAGCACUAACAUGAACGCCGCGAGCCACCUGGCUGCAGGCAGUUUGUGUGCCAUAUGUGGAGACAGAGCUACAGGUAAACACUACGGUGCCUCCAGCUGUGAUGGCUGCAAGGGCUUCUUCAGACGCAGCGUCCGGAAAAACCACAUGUAUUCAUGCAGGUUUAACAGACAAUGCAUCGUGGACAAAGACAAGAGAAAUCAAUGCAGGUAUUGCCGACUGAAGAAGUGCUUCAGAGCUGGCAUGAAGAAAGAAGCUGUACAGAACGAACGAGACAGAAUCAGCACCAGGAGAUCCAGCUAUGAAGACAGCAGUUUACCAUCCAUCAACGCACUCAUCCAGGCAGACGUACUGUCAAGACAGAUCACAUCCCCUGCUCCUAUACUCAAUGGUGACAUACGGACUAAAAAGAUCGCCACCAUCACAGAUGUGUGUGAGUCCAUGAAACAGCAGCUGUUGGUCUUAGUGGAGUGGGCCAAGUACAUCCCAGCCUUCUGUGACCUGCCCUUGGAUGACCAGGUGGCAUUGCUUCGAGCUCAUGCAGGAGAACAUCUCCUUCUCGGUGCUGCAAAGAGGUCCAUGCUUUACAAAGACAUCCUCUUAUUAGGAAAUGACCACAUCAUUCCCAGAAACUGCCCAGAGUUGGAGGUGGGCAGAGUAGCAGUGAGAAUCCUGGAUGAGCUGGUGCUUCCUUUCCAAGAGCUUCAGAUAGAUGACAAUGAAUAUGCCUGCUUAAAAGCCAUAGUUUUCUUUGACCCAGACGCUAAAGGUCUGAGUGACCCUGGAAAGAUCAAGCGGAUGCGAUACCAGGUCCAGGUGAGCCUGGAGGACUACAUCAACGACAGGCAAUAUGACUCUCGAGGCCGUUUUGGAGAGCUUCUCCUGCUCCUGCCGACACUACAGAGCAUCACUUGGCAAAUGAUUGAACAGAUCCAGUUUGUGAAACUCUUCGGCAUGGCCAAGAUUGACAAUCUGCUUCAAGAAAUGCUUCUUGGAGGUUCUGCUAAUGAAGCACCACAUGCACCUCACUCUCUGCAUCCUCACCUGGUUCAGGAGCACCUCAGCACCAAUGUUAUAGUGACCAGCAAUAUGCCAACGCCAAUCCAUAAUGGUCAAAUCUCCACUCCUGAAACCCCAAUUCCAUCUCCACCCGCUGCCUCCAGCUCAGAACAUUAUAAAAUGGUUCAGGGGGUCAUAGCCACUGUUCCCAAGCAGCCAACCUCCAUCCCUCAACCAACUAUUACAAAACAGGAGGCCAUUUAACAACCCCUUAAAUCUUUAUUCCUUCAGUUUUUUUUCUAAUUAAACCAGGGUCUUUACAUGUAUGUUUAUACACAAUCAGCAUUGAAGCUGUUAACUUGACUGGAACCCUAAAGUAGCUGAAUACUGUAUAUAUAUCUAUAAUAAAAAUCUGCAGGUGUGGUCUUUACAGAUUGAUAGCCUGAGUUUUCAGGCAUCACUUUGUACAUGUAUGCAGCUGCAGCUGAGCUUCAUGGUUCAGUGAAGGCCAGAUAAAACCAUAAGCAUUGUGAUCUUCUAGGCUUACUGCCUUUCUGUAAGACUGACACUUAGAAGUACACUGCUGUAUAUAUUAUAGCUCAUUAUUGGGUAACUUCAAUUCCAUUGUGUCCUAUGCAUGUCCUCAGUGUGUGCAGUAAGGCUUAUGUUAGAAAUGGCAAAGUAAUCAUGUCAGUAUUUCAUGAAUGUUACAACAGGCCUUACACUGUCAUAUAUUUAGUGUUUAACUUUUUAUUUUUUUAUUUUAUGUUUCUUAACAAUAAAAUGAACUCAGAAAAAAAGCUAAAGAAAAUUCCUCUAAAGAGUUCAGCUUUUCCUUCGAGUUGCUCUCAAAUAUUUUGUGGCAAAACUAAAAUAUAUGGGGUUUGUUUUAUACACUGGGAUAUGCAUAUUUACAGGAGUGAAAUUUCAAGUUUUAAAAUUUACUCCAGUAUAACCAAGUUUGGCAGGCUGUAUACACAGAGACUUUUAAAAAGUCACAGGCAGACAUGCUAAAGAAGUUUCCCAAUAAUAUGUUGUGCUCGGUUUUAAAAGUAUAUUGUAUGUUGUUUGUUUGUUUUUUUUGAUUGUUUUGUUUUGUUUAGUACUUUGUCAUGGUUUAACUGAUGGAAUAAAUUGUGCCUUUUAACCUGUACUGCCUUACAAAACCAGGUAAUGUUUUGCCUUACAAUGUGAAGUUGAGUUAAUAAAUCUUACGGUUUAUUUUUACAUUGCUUUUUCUGCUACGUAUUUAUACUACAGUCACAAGAGAAGUGGCCACCAAUGAAUUCACUGCAUUUGCAUUACACAUUCUUUCAAAGGUAAAUGGUGGAAAAAAAAAAUUAGGUCCAACGUGGCAGUGCUUUUUGGUCCCUGAUAGACUACUGCAACUUCAGGCUGAUAAGCUGCCAUAAAAUCAUUACAGAUAGCGCUGACUCCAGAUAGAGAGAUGCAGAUAUAUUUGUGCACUGCAUCUAGAAAACAAUGAAUGCUGUGUGUGCUAUUGUUAAGCUCAUUUUACUUUUUGCAAAGGAAACAAAGCAUUACAUUCAAAACAAGUACAAAAAUAGAAGUAACUAGAGGAGGAUUACUUUUAAUAUUACUGCCCAUAAUGAGAGCAUCAACAGGACCAUUGGUGAGACAUAACUAUUGAGAUUUCUAGGAAACAAAACUGUACUUUCUGGAGAUUGUUGGCUCUUGCUGGGUGAAAUCUGUUGCAAACAAGAUCCUGCAACAAAAACAUAUUGAUUGCUUUGGUUGCAAGCAGAUUCCCAUGGCUGCCUGUAAUUUUUGCUAACUAUGCAAAAAAUUGUAGUACAACUUGUGAAAAGGGUGUGAUGCAAACUAGAAAUUGAGACUUUUGCCUUCCAAUUAAAAGUUGUUCAUCAGCGAUGUAGUCAACAUGUUUUAAAAGGUGCAGCUUUUAACUCUGAAGGUGAAUGGUCCUGGUUUCCAGUUUAUACUGCACUUGCCACAGUUUCACCACAGCUCUAAGAGCUGACAGAGUGACAACUCUGUCACUCCCAUGAAAACUAUGGGGGACCACAGCAAUAUGCUAGCAAGCAAAGCAAUCAGAAAGAGGUUUUUCCAACCAGCUAGGGAAUACACAUUUUUCCCUAGCAACAGGUGUGAUGCUGGGGAAAUAUGAGAGUCACUCAUUGGUCUCUAGGCCUUUAGGGGCUUUAGCAAAUAUUUUC